AUGGUAGUGGAUGUAGGAGGUGGCAAGGGAGAAAUAAAAAUGAUUGAAAGCGAUGACAAAGUUUGUAGCUUCCAAGGAAAUGCAUCUACUACCACCACUGUGAUAGACAGCAAAAAUGGAUCUGUGCCCAAAUCCCCUGGGAAAGUGCUGAAGAGGACAGUCACAGAAGACAUCGUGACAACAUUCAGCUCUCCAGCAGCUUGGCUUCUGGUCAUCGCUCUGAUAAUCACAUGGUCAGCUGUUGCUGUUGUUAUGUUUGACCUAGUGGAUUACAAAAACUUUUCAGCAAGCUCUAUUUCCAAGAUUGGCUCAGAUCCUCUGAAACUUGUACAUGAUGCUGUGGAAGAAACCACCGACUGGGUCUAUGGCUUCUUUACUUUGUUGUCUGACAUCAUCUCGUCUGAGGGUGAUGAAGAAGAUGAUGAUGGGGAUGAGGACACUGAUAAAGGAGAAAUAGAGGAGCCUCCCUUGAAACAAAAAGAAAUACACAAAGACAAGACUGAAAAGCAGGAGAAACCUGAAAGGAAAAUAGUACCUAAAGUUACACACAAAGAAAAAGAAAAACCCAAAGAAAAAGAAAAAUCUGAAAAGAAAGCAACUCACAAGGAAAAAUUUGAGAAAAAAGAAAAACCAGACACAAAGCCAGUGGCAAAAGAAGAGAGGAAAACAAAGACUGAAGAGAAGAUUAAAAAGGAAGUGAAAGGUGGGAAACAAGAGAAAGUGAAGCAAACAGCUGCAAAAGUCAAAGAAGUACAGAGACCAUCACCUAAGCCCAAGGAGAAGGAGGGAAAAGAGACCGCAGCUGUGUCCAAGCAUGAACAGAAAGAUCAGUAUGCAUUCUGUCGAUAUAUGAUUGACAUGUUUGUCCAUGGGGAUUUAAAACCAGGACAAAGCCCAGCUAUACCACCUCCAUUACCAACAGAGCAAGCUUCCAGACCCACUCCAGCAUCACCUACUCCUGAAGGCAAAGAGGAAGAGGAAAGGAAGAAAGCUGAGAAGAAAGUGACUUCUGAAACAAAAAAGAAAGAAAAAGAAGAUGUCAAAAAGAAAACUGACAAGGAAACUGCCAUCGAUGUCCAAAAAAAAGAGCCAGGGAAAGCUCCUGAAACCAAACAAGGGACUACAAAAGUUGCAGCACAAGCAACAGCCAAAAAAGAUGAAAAGAAGGAAGAUUCUAAGAAAACAAAAACAACUAUAGAAGAACAACCCAAAGGAAAAAAACAGGAAAAGAAAGACAAACAUGUGGAACCAGCAAAGUCAUCAAAGAAGGAACACUCAGCUCCAAGUGAAAAGCAAAUAAAAGCAAAAACUGAACGAGCCAAAGAGGCUGGUGCUGCCUCAACUAAAAAAGCUGUACCUGGAAAGAAGGAAGAGAAAACAACCAAGACAGUGGAGCAAGAAAUUAGAAAAGAAAAAUCCGGGAAGACUUCCUCAGUUUUGAAGGAUAAAGAGCCUAUUAAGGGGAAAGAAGUAAAGCUUCCAGUUUCCCUAAAGCAAAAAGAACCUGAAAUUAAAAAAGAUGAAAAGAUACCCAAAGCAGGCAAAGAAGUCAAGCCUAAGCCUUCACAGCCACAAGUAAAAAAAGAAGAAAAACCAGAGUCACAAGUUAAAAAGGAAACAAAACCAGAACAGGACAGAGCAAAACCGGGAAAGACUGUUUCUCAUGGUAAAGCAGAAGAAAAAGUCGUCAAGCAGGUAAAAGCUACCACAAUAGAAAAAACAGAAAAACCUGAACAUCAAGAAAAAGAAUCUCCAUCUAUAAAAACAGACAAACCCAAAUCAACUUCAAAGGAAACAUCAGAAGUCACAGAAUCAGGGAAGAAGAAAAUUGAAAAACCUGAAAAAGAGAGUAAAGGUAAAGAUGAUAUUUAA